GCCCUUCACCCCUUCCUUACAAACCCUAAUUUUCUCUCCCCUUCUGCUUCCCUGCCCAGUACCCGUCUCCAUUUUACUCCAACCAGCUCUGUCUCUGUCUCUCUCUCUCUCUCUCUCGGAAAUCGAACUGUUGAGAUGACGAUGAUGAUGAUUGCCCGGUAAGAGAUUGAGAAUCAAUUGAUAAAUUUGGUGGUUUGCGUCGAGACAUGUUAGAUCCCUUUGCUGUGAGUCACGUUCGAUCCAAAAUCUGGCUUCGCAAAAGGAAAAAAAGCCCUAAAUUUGUGAUUGGCAGUCUGUAAUUUUUAGUGAAUUUCAGCUAUUGUAUUAUAAGUUGACGGUUUCAUCGUUGUACAGCUCGGAUAUUAGUGUUAGGGUUUUUUGCGUCUGUUGAUUUUGUACAGCUGCGGGUGGUGGUAGUUGGGCUUCAAUUUUGUGCAAUUCGAAUCUUUGAAAGUGGCGAAGAUGAGUUUGGGUGCGGCCGAGGAUGAUUCGGCGCAAGAGAUACAUAUGCCGGCGGACAUCGAUUGGCAAAUGCUCGACAAAUCGAAAUUUUUCUUCCUCGGCGCAGCCCUCUUUUCUGGUGUAUCUGCUACGCUUUAUCCUGUUGUGGUGUUGAAAACACGCCAACAGAUAACUCUGUCCCACGUUUCGUGUAUCAAAAUGGCGUUCUUGCUUGUGGGGCAAGAAGGUUUUCGCAGUCUGUAUAGAGGGUUUGGAACAUCCCUUAUGGGGACUAUCCCUGCUAGGGCGCUUUACAUGACUGCACUUGAGGUAACAAAGAGUAAUGUUGGGACCGCCACGAUUAGAUUAGGGUUUCCAGAAGCAUCUGCAGCGGCAAUUGCCAAUGCUGCUGCAGGGCUAAGUGCUGCCAUGGCAGCGCAGCUUGUUUGGACCCCAGUUGAUGUUGUGAGCCAAAGACUUAUGGUGCAGGGCAGUGAGAAAUCAAAAAUCCCAAAUGCUUCAGCAUGUAAAUAUUUAGGCGGAAUUGAUGCAUUUAGGAAAAUUCUCAUCUCAGAUGGCCUAAGGGGUUUGUAUAGAGGGUUCGGGAUUUCAAUCUUAACCUAUGCCCCUUCAAAUGCAGUUUGGUGGGCAUCUUACUCAGUUGCACAACGGCUUGUUUGGGGUGGAAUUGGUUGCUAUUUUCUGAAGAAAGAUUAUGGAAAUAGUGAGAAUGGGAGCACUGCACUGCGACCAGAUUCGAAAAUGAUAAUGGCUGUUCAGGGGGUCAGUGCAGCCAUGGCAGGUGGUGUUUCAGCUUUAAUUACAAUGCCGCUUGAUACAAUAAAGACGAGAUUACAAGUUUUGGAUAGCGAGGAGAAUGGUCGUCGUGGACCAACCAUUGGACAAACUGUUAGAAACUUGGUGAGGGAAGGUGGUUGGAUGGCUUGUUACAGAGGAUUGGGCCCUCGAUGGGCUUCAAUGUCAAUGUCUGCAACAACAAUGAUUACUACCUAUGAGUUUCUGAAACGGUUAUCUGCUAAGAAUCAAGAGGUUUUGACAUGAUGAAAAGAAAGAAGAAAGCAUGAUGUCAGAAAGCAUAAAGUGAAGGAGCAUUGAGAUCUUGUAUAGUUGCUAAAACAUUUGAAGGGCAGUCUGGUGCACAAAGCUCUCACGUAUGUGGGGUUCAAGGAAGGGGCAGACCACAAUGGGUCUACAGUAUGCAGCCUUACCUUACAUUUUUGAAAGUCGCUAUUUCCACGUCUUGAGCCUAUGACAUCUACUCUCUAAGUGUUAAUAAUAAUGCUCUACACACGCGCGCGCAUGGUAUCUUUUAACCGUUCAGCUACACUUAUAAUCUACAAUAUCCAUGGUUACGGAGGUAGUUUAACACUUGGUGGAAGUUUUUUCCACAUAUGUGGUCCGUAUGAAGUUCAUGAACAUCAUUUGUUUUUGUCUUUUUCUUAUUUUUGGGUUGUUAUUAUUUCGGUCAUUAUCAUGGACUUGCAUUUUUGAAAUGAUCAUAAUUUUUAUAGUUUCCAU